AUGUACAUCAGUUUUGCGUGAGGAACUCUGUGGGGCAGUGAGGACAGGAGGUGAAUAAGAUGUGUCCUUGCCCUUAAGAAAGGACAGUGGCCUAGCUGGGGAAAUAGACAUGUAAGCAACUUCAUUGAAGAAGGAAUGAGGUAAAUGCUGUGGAAGGGGCAUGGGAGCCAUGCUGUGGGGGACAGAAGAAGGAGCCUUUAGUCCUGAGGGAGGGCUCUGGGCAGGCUCUAAGGGAGAGGAAGGGCCUGGUAAACAAGGCCCACAAAGACCAAGAGAUUAUAAGUGGAAGGUGUUGGGUCAAGGGAACAGUAUGAGGUGUGCCCUUCCUGUUCCUGGACACAUUUCCCUUGUCUUUCCAGAUUUCCUCUCAUUACUUCUUCCCACUCACUUGCCCCCCGCCAACUAAUCCAGAUUACACAUUGCUCAAUCCCACAUGCUCUAGAAAUAUCAAGGUCCAGUACACAGCUCUACUAAUACUGUUUCUAAACUCAAUAAAAGUUAUUGUCUGUCCCAUAUACUUGAUUAUAUUUUGUCUUGUUUUCUUAAUUGUUGUCUUGAUGCCAUAAGAAAAUAGAGAAAUUGGGUUUGAGUUCAGAGAGUGUUAUAUAACACUUCUUUUGAAUUCUCACUGGCCUAGUCAGCAACUGUACAAUGGUAGAUUCCUAGUUAAGUAUUAACUGAAUUGAGUGAUGGUUGGAUUAUAGUACUGUGUUGUGAGUUGAUUAGCAGCCUAAAUCUGUGUCUUUUACCCUCUUCCCAAGAGGCUUCUCAGCCAGACUUGUCGUGGCUCAGCCCAUCUGAGAUCUUAUUCAGAUUCCAUGACAUGGGCCACAUCCAUGAUGUGGGAAGCACUCCAGAAAAGUCCGGUUACACACAUAAAAAAAUGACACCAGGGGAGACGGGAUUGAAUUUGAAGUGCCAGGAGACUGCUGGUUCGCCCUUAAAACCCCGGCGGGCUGCGGGUCGGGACAUGAGGAGACUAAAGACCUGGGAUUUUGCUGAUCAGAAUGAAACCAAUGUUGAAAGACUUCUCAAAUCUAUUGUUGGUGGUGCUCUGUGACUAUGUUCUUGGAAAAGCUGAAUAUCUCUUCUUGGGAGAGCCAGGCCAUGUAGCACUAAGCAACAACACAGUGUCUGUGAAUUUCCGGUAUUUUGAUGGUGCCAAUGGGACGCUGAGGAAUGUAUCUGUCCUGCUGUUGGAGGCCAACACCAAUCAGACUGUUACCACCAAGUACCUGCUGACCAACCAGUCCCAGGGAACACUGGAGUUCGAGUGCUUCUAUUUCAAGGAGGCUGGUGAUUACUGGUUCACAAUGACUCUGGAAGCUACAGACAAUAGCACUCCAGUCUCCUGGUGGGAGAAGAGUGCCUUUCUGAAGGUGGAGUGGCCUGUCUUUCACGUUGACUUGAACAGGACCUCCAAGGCAGCAGAAGGCACCUUCCAGGUGGGCUUUUUCACCAGUCAGCCACUAUGCCCAUUUCCUGUGGACAAGCCCGACAUCAUGGUGGACGUCAUCUUCACCAACAGCCUUCCCCAGGCAAGAACAAGUCCGGGGAAGCCGCUGGAGAUAAGAGCCAGCAAAAGGACAGAACUCACUCAAGGUCAGUGGGUUGAGUUUGGCUGUGCACCCGUGGGGCCAGAAGCCUAUGUCACGGUGGUACUGAGGCUGCUUGGGCGAGACUCGGUCAUUACCUCCACGGGGCCCAUUGACUUGGCCCAGAAGUUCGGAUACAAACUGGUGAUGGUGCCAGAGCUCACGUGUGAGUCCGGCGUGGAGGUGGUGGUGCUGCCCCCGCCAUGCAUCUUCGUCCAGGGAGUGAUCGCUGUCUUCAAGGACACCCCCGGACACCCUGCGGGGAGGACUGUUCAGCUGGCCGAGAACAACCUGCCCCUGGGAGAGAGGAGAACAGUAUUUAACUGUACUUUGUUUGACAUGGGGAAGAAUAAAUACUGCUUCGACUUUGGCAUUUCAAGCAGAAGCCAUUUUUCCACAAAGGAGAAGGAGUGCAUGCUAAUCCAGAGAAAUAUAGCCUUCUGGCCAUCCAGCCCGUCUCCUCUUCAGCCCCAGGUUCCAGUGAAGUCCAACAACGUCGUGACGGUCACCGGCAUAUCCUUGUGCUUGUUCAUCAUCGUGGCCACCGUGCUCAUCACGCUGUGGCGGAGGUUCGGCCGCCCCCCGAAGUGCAGCACCCCGGCGCGGCACGGCGCUCUGCCCGCCCCCGGCUUCCGCAAGAACUCGGACGAGGAGAGCAUCUGCGAGCUGGGCGAGCAGCGCGGGAGCUUCUCGGACGGGGGCGACGGCCCCGCGGGGGGCCCGGGGGACGCGGGCAUGCCCCUGACCUGCAGGCGGAGCGUCCCUGCCACCCCCGAGGAUGAUGCCUCCGGCAGCGAGAGCUUCCAGUCCAGCGCCCAGAAGAUAAUCCCCCCUCUGUUUAGCUACCGCCUCGCCCAGCAGCAGCUGAAGGAGAUGAAGAAGAAGGGUCUGACGGAAGCCACCAAGGUGUACCACGUGUCUCAGACUCCCCUGACGGACACUGCCAUUGACGCCGCCGCCAGCCCCGCCUUAGACCUGGAAAGCCCGGAGGAAGCCGCAGCAAACAAGUUCCGCAUCAAAUCCCCGUUUCUGGACCCGCCUGCGGCCGGCGCCGGGGACAGGCCUCCCCCGCGGCUGGAUUUCAGCGCGUCCCAGGCCGGCUGUGCCGUCAGCCCCAGCCAGACCCUGAUCCGCAAGUCCCAGAUGCGGCACGUGGGCAGCAGGGGGGGCCCGUCGGAGAGGACCCACCCCAGGAACCCCCACUUCCGGAGGACGGCCAGCUUUCAUGAGACCAAGCAAGCCCGGCCGUUCAGGGAGAGGAGCAUGUCCACCCUGACGCCCCGGCAGGCGCCCGCCUACGGCUCCAGGACGCGGACCUGGGACCAGGCAGACGACAGAUUCAGGCCUCCGAGUCGGAGCGCCCACCUGCUUCCUGAGAAACUGGAGCACUCCCAAGGGGCAGGCGGAACCGGUGGUCCAUUAAGCCCUGUCCCUACUGUCCCUAGAUCCCACACCGUGGGGCAGCCCUCAAGGAAACCGGACCUAGGGGACCGCCAGGCGGGACUAGUGGCAGGAGUUGAGAGAACAGAACCUCAUAGAGCCCGCAGGGGACCGUCCCCCAGUCACAGGAGUGUCUCAAGAAAGCAGUCUUCCCCCACCGCCCCUAAAGAAAGCUACCAGAGGGUCAGUCCUCUGAGCCCUUCUCAGUGUAGGAAAGACAAGUGUCAGAGCUUCCCCGCCCACCCCGAGUUCGCCUUCUAUGACAAUUCCUCCUUUGGCCUCACAGAGGCCGAGCAGAGGAUGCUGGACCUCCCGGGAUAUUUUGGGUCAAAUGAAGAGGAUGAAACCACAAGCACGCUUAGUGUGGAGAAGCUGGUAAUCUAGACCAAGAAUCAGCCCAAGACUUUACACGGCUGGGCUGAGCUGCUCACAUUGUUCUGUGGACUGUUUUGUAUGACUGUUUGUGCUGUAGGACAGAAUGUGGGCAGGAAACAACUCCCACCAGAGGAGGAUGUGUGUGUAUGCAUGUGUUCUCAUUUGUAAGGAAGAAGUUAUUUAUCCUGAACUUUUCCCUUUGUUGCUCUAUUUCUAUUGGUUUAUUAUUAAUAACAACGAUAAUAAAAUUUAAA